GCUUCACACUGACUCAUGGUCAUAGACUACAACCAAGUGACACUGAAUAAAGUCAUUGUCACUGCUAGCUGGCAGGGACCUAUCAACUUUUCAGUGCCUCCGUUUGGUUUUGUAGUUUGCUUUCACUGCUCCAUUUUCUCUGCUAAAGUGGGCUUAUUUAAUGUAGAAGUGUCAGUGAUUCAGUUCAGUUUAUUUAUACACCGCAAAUUCCCAGGAACAGAUGGAGCAAUCAGCGUCCCUACAUCGGAUGUCUCAGCAAAUACCACGUCUCACCUCAGGUUCUUCAGCAGCUGGUUUGCGUCCGGCGGAGCUGCGAGACCUCGGGUUUUCCGACUUCUGGGGCCUCUCCCUACGCAAGUGGAGAGCGGGAACACGGUCCAGCAGCUCCCCUGGCUGCACCAGCAGGUGCGAACCCGCAAAAGAGGCACAGAGUACCAGCCGAACAAUAUAAAACGGAUAAAUACGCACGGUUGGGCCAAGAGGAUGCGCUCGCGGGGCGGCAUAGAGGUGAUCCUGCGCCGUAUGUUGAAGAGACGGAAAUCCCUCUCUCACUGAAGGUCUUGAUGGAGGAUCUGAAGGAAUUGGAAUCUUGGGAGACGCUCAGGAUGCCACUGGAAAUGUCUGUAGUUGGAUAAAAUGGUGAUGCUAGUGUGUUUUGGGGUUUAUACAUUCAAAAUGACUGCUCUGACCUCUGAUCACAACCAAGAACUGCUAUCUUAGAGUUUCACCAAUUGGUCAAAACGUCCUGUUCACAACAUGUAAAAUGUGUUUAAAUGAUGAAAUGUAUUAAAAUAAAAUGAUUUUGCAAAACAA